CUAAACUGGCAACUUUCGGUAAUAUAAUAAAAAUAAACUACAUAAAUUCACCUUGACGUUAUCGGUUAAAGUAUAACAUUAAUAAAUAAUACAUUCAUUUUCUGCUCACAAAAUGUUAUGAAAAUCCAUUCUUCACCACAACAGUCAAACACCUGUUGGCAGCAGGCUUCACGAUAGUGUCGCAAAUCAUGAUGCAACGUUACUCAUGGAAACCAGAGAAACGAGCUCGCGGGAGGAGUUUUGCUUACACUCUUGGGGAGCCAACAGCUACGGCCAGCUGGGACAGGGACAUGUGGAGGACCUGUCGGAGCCCCGGCUCACUGACAACACCACCCUGGAAGACAAGACUGUCCGGGCUGUGUGCGGCGGCGGGGGUCACUCUGUGGUUAUCACCGGGCAUGGAGAUGUGUUUGUGUGCGGACAGAAUCACAGAGGCCAGCUGGGACUUGGUCACAAUGCAGACAUCUCAACUUUUCAACUCUGCCCCAUCCUGAGUCAGAGAGUCACUAAAGUCGCCUGUGGUUGGGACUUUACUCUUCUUCUCACUGACUGUGGUCGAGUACUGGCAUGUGGCUCCAAUUCAUUUGGACAACUAGGUGUUGGACAAACAAUCAAACACUCUGCAGAUCUGCUGGUUGUUGAGAGUCUGAAGGAGCCAGUGGUGAAUGUAGCAGCAGGACUCAGACAUUCACUGGCUGUGACUGACUCAGGCUGUGUAUAUCAGUGGGGAAGUGGUCUUUCCAGUCACGCUAAGAGAGCACUCAGUCCACACCCUGUUCCUGCACACCUCAACUCUACAGUGCCCUCUUUGGUACCAGGUCUGGAUCAGAAGACAGCGCUAAUGGUGACUGCAGGCUCAGCACACUGUGGGUGCCUCACAGGAGACGGCGAUUUGUUUCUGUGGGGAAGCAACAAGCAUGGCCAGCUGACUGCCACAGAGCCCUUCCUGUCCUCUCCCACUCUUGUAAAGCGCUCACUGCUGGGUGGAGAGAAAGUUGUCCACGUGUGGAGCGGCUGGACACACACUGUUGCUCAAACAGUGAGUGGGAGAGUGUUGACAUGGGGCAGAGGAGAUUAUGGACAGCUGGGCCGACAAGCAUCAACCAGUCAGAACUCAGAGGGGCAGUCAACAGGUCCUUCAGCAGAAGGUGGAAACCAGCCAGCUUGUCGCCCUGCAGAAGUUAAAGUCCUCCGUGGCGCGACACAGAUUGCAUGCGGAUCUGAGCAUAACCUUGCCAUCGUAGAAGUUCAGUGAUGUGAUGAGAAAGCAGAGCCAGUAAAUGGCGUGCUCAUGUGAACCUCCUGCACCUGGCUCCUCAGCUCCUCUGCCAUGCUCUCCUCUUUCUCCUCCUCCUGUCUGGAGCGCGGCGGCAGGAGCAAUGAAAUAGCAAAACAGGAUUGGAAGCAGAGACCUGAGUGCUGCUAUUUCUGGUGCUGAAGUAGGUCAGGCGGAAAGGAACGGAGAGCAUUGCAUGCUGCUCAUGAUAUCUGUUGCCUGCUCAGCCUUUGCCCAUUUGCACCUGAGGAAGUGCUCCUCAUGUAUGAAAAUCAUCGUCGUGGUCAGACGUGGGAGACAGGCCAAAGACGCUGUGGGCACAGCUCAUCCAAUCUGAGGAAAGAUUUUUGUUAAUGUGAACAUUUUGAACUUAACAGGAAGGUAUAAGGACAAACACCUUGGAUCAGGUCCUGUUUUAUCUCGCUGGUAUAGUGUGAUGUAAGUUCUGCAGAUUGCAACACUGUGGUUUUGUUAAUUAAGUGUGAGAUUUUAAACUGUCGAAUGCAAAAACCAAAUGAUGGGAUUUGUUUACAAGGAAAUGGCUUUUGGCUUGAGUGUCUUGAUUUUUUUUAUCCCUUUGUUGUGCAGAAUAUUGUGCAGGCACUUUGUUGCCAUGGAAACACUGAUGUGCUGUACUCCAGUCAGUGAGUCCAUGAAUCGAGCACAGCACCAAAACAAGGCUUUUUUCCCCAAUGAACUAAACAUGUCAACACAUUAAGCUUACUCAUAAACAAGAACUAGGAUGUUUACUGAAUAACCUUAAUCAAACAUGGAGACUCAUGCAGUUAUAGACGCAUGCAGAAUCUUAAGGACCGAGCAACAUGUGUGUUUGUUACGUGUAAGCCGUAUCUGGCACAGUGUCACACUGGCAUAAGUUGCUGGCACGAUAUCCACUCUAUUAACUGGCGAAAGCAUAUGUGUCACUUGGCGAAUCCAAAUCUUUGAUGCCACGGAUUUGCAGAGACGAGCUGAAAGGAAACAAAGAAACCCCUCGAUGAAAGGAAUGAAAAGAUUGCAUGAAAGACACACAACUGCAGGAUGGGGAAAGCUUGAAGAUGUGUUACCCUUGAGAAAGCAAGCUCGCUUCUGUUGCCAUGGCAAUGGAGCCUAUUAGGUAACUGUGUUGCCAUGGCACGUGUCUCCUCGGUGAUGCAGACCUGACCACACCCACCAACAAGCUCACCAGCUGUGAAGAGCAGGGAGGCUUUAUUGCUGGCUGAGUGUCAGCAUUGGGGACAGAAAGAGAGAGAGAGUGUGUGUGUGUGUGUGUGUGUGUGUGUGUGUGUGUGUGAUCACAUGCCUUCUGUUUUUUUGCACCCAGGCUUUUUUUUCUUCAGGCUACUAAUUUUAGCCUACAUGGUACAGUGCUGCAGCCCCGUCCCUCUCUCCUGUCAGCUCCACUGACCCAUAACCCUUCUCCUCCU